AAGAGAACAUCAAUUCUUUUAUUACUUUUUCUAUGAAUCAUCUUUUAAACAAUGGCUUUUUCAGUGCUGCCUGCAUUUCAGACACAGAUCAAGUGCAGCAUUGUAUCACAUGUUAAAUGUUACACUCCACAUGAAAACACUUAAACAGAGGACACCAUAAAGAGCAUCAGCACACAGCUGACUAUGGCUUUCCAAAAAGUAACCUUUCCUUUAAUCACCACGCAGGUAACUAGUUGGGUCCUUUCUGUGUCCACAAGACAGCUGCUGCUUAGUGCACCCAAAGCAGAAAAAAGGGCAGGGUUAGCAAAGACCUUUUCUAAAAAUAUGAGUAGUUUUUAGUGACUGACUAUCCAGAGUUCAUUUGGGUACACUGAUUUAAAAACCUAGCAAGCCUAUAAAAAAUCAUGCCAUGGAACUUCUGGAAAUAAUAAACCAGUGUCAAAAACCCUGAUUACAAACUCCAGAUAUCAAUGCUGUUUCUAAAUUCUUGUUCUCUCUCAUUCCUGCAUCCAGAACUGUCCUAAGCUGACAGCACUCUUUGUUUAGAGAAGUACCUUCAUGCAGGCUUAUUCUAGACUGUCUCCCUGCCAGAUUCAGUAUUUAUAACAAAUAAACUUAAUUUUAAAAAAGAAGAGGUCAUACAUUUUCAUAACCUAAGAGUGAAAAGGCUGUGGAACUGACCCCAGCUCUGAAGGUUGGGUGGCUGUGUGAGGUUUGAUACUUGAGAUGUCUGCAGGCAGGAUCCCACCCUGUUCCUGCAGGAGCAAAAGGGAACGCUCAUCCUGCAGUGAGACCACUCCCCAAAGCUAUAAUGGUUUUUCUCAUCACUCCUCUACCAGAAAUGAAAGACUUUCACCCCAAAGAAAUCCAACCUUUCCCAGCACCUGGAAAGGCAGCACAGUGGCAGUGUAAUACUGACACCCAGUGGAUGAAAAAAUGCACUGUCACUGUCCACCCACACUAUCCCAUUUUUGGGUUGGAUUGGUAGUGGGGAGGUAUGAAAAACCCAGGAAGAACCAUUUUGUUCCUAAGCAUUUGGACUUUUUGAGAACCAGAACCUGUGUGGGAGCUGUGAUUCCUUCCAAAUUCACAGGUGAACCUGGCUGGGAACUCCUGAGUCAUGCACUAUACUUCACAGAAACCAACAAAAUCUGCUUGCUUUCUACAGCUCAAGUUUGUUUUAUAGUGUGAAACUACAGGGACAAUGGAGAGUGCUAUCUUUUGCUCUUCGAAAAUUAAAAUACCUGGUUCCCUAGGCUUAUGCAAAAUAAAUCAUAUUCCUUUACCUGCAAGAUGCACACCAAAACCCUGAGCAAAACAUAGGAAGAAAAGCUCACAAAAGAACACCAAUAAGGGGAAAGAGAAUUUAAAGAGAAAUUAUUGUAUUGGGGUUUUUUACUUAUGGCAAAGACAAGGGCAGCAUCUUGGACAGAUCUUUCUCUCCCAAAGCCUGCAAUCUGUACUCUUGGUGUAUUAGUGAUUUCUGCUUACAACAUGAAAAAUACAUGUGGAGAGACAGGAUACAGACAGUUCCCACACAUUGAAUAAACAAUGAGGAAGAGAGGCAAAGUGCAUCCAAAAGUUAUAUUACUAAUUCAUACUGAUUUACACAGAGCCUUUUGUAUUCCUUACAGCAGCACAGUAACAAGUGCACAUCCAGUAUGAAAUCUUAUUUAUAUUAAUGGGGCUCUUUUCCCACCAAUCAAUGUAAAAAUCAAUUACCAUUACUGAAUGGAGAAGCCAUCAAAAGAUUCACUGCUCUUUACUGACUUGUGUAGCCUGAGUUCGCAGGGAUCUUGUCUGCUCUCUGUGCCACCAGCACACGUGGCUUUGCUGCGCUGGCAGCCGUCCCUCCUGCUGCUGACCAACCUGUGAAGGGCUCUGCGGCUCUUCCAAGACAAGAGCACGUUUUCAGCAAACACCCACAGGCCUGUUUACCGAGAUGACAGCCACAUCGCAUCCCUAGAGUUCUGUGUUCAGAGCUCCACGGCUCUGCUGAUCAGGUUGUAACGGGAUUCUCCCGAGGAGAUCAAAUGGAAGCAUUGCACUGGCGUGCAGCCCUGGGCGAGGUCAGCAAGUGACACUCAUCAUGGAACAUCAUCAAAUACACCGGGGAAUAAGGAGAAUGAGAGCAAGUGUAGAAAUUAAGUACAAGGAGAACCUCUCGCUCCCAGUUUAUCCUCCACAGGCUUCUGUUAUCCAUGCCCUGCCCUCAGGGCUGUCUCAGUGCUGCUCUGGCCCUGCUCUUCCGCUCUGCCAAUCCUUGGUGCCGCGCAGUCCCUGCUCACGCAGCUCCCAUGUUGUCCUGGCCGUUCUGCCGUGCACCCGCUCUGCGCUCCGGGGCUAACGCUGCCCAUCCCGGCCCUCACGCCAUCUCCCAGGGAAGCGGCCCCGGGCCCGCUCCUGCCUCAGCCUCGCACCGACCACCCCCCGCCCCGCAGUUUCUGGCUGGGCCCACUCCACGAAUAACGAAGAUCAGCGUGUAUUUGUAACGAUUACAUUUGGGAACGACGCCGCGGUCACCGCAAAUGCCUUUUCCACAAGUUUUCCCCGGCCGCGGGGCCCCGUCACGUGCGCAGCCGCCCGGGCCACGUGGGGCGCGGUAGGCACGCGCCAUCGCCCGGCCCACCGUCCUCCCUCCAAGGAGAUUGACAGUGACACCAACCAAUCAAAGGCACGGCCCUGCCUUUCCCCGCCCCCAACCCACGGUUGCUGUGUCAUCCGGCGGGUGGCAUCAGAGGGCGGUCGCCGGUUGGCUGCGCAGGCGUUAGGUAACGGCCAAUGAGCUUCGCGAGCUGCACGACUGACACCUCUCCUGUCCAAUAGCUAUCGCGCGUGCACGCCGAGGGGCGGGGUGAAGCGGAGAUGUGGCGUUGGUGCCCUAUCGCGGCGCCGCUGAGCGGCCACAGCCGCGGCCAUACGCGCUAUCGCCUGUGCCAGUCAGGCGCCCCGCCCGUGCGGCCGGCACAUGAGUGCACAAACUGACGUAACCUCGCCUCGGCUGAGGGGGGUCCCAGGGGCCGCCGAGAAGCGCGGCUCGGUGGGCGGGUCUCCGCACUGUUACGGUGUAACGGGCAUAUUCCUUCUCUAAUGGAGUCGGAGGAUGCGACCCACAGCCCAAUCCGUAGGCCGGAAGGGCGGGACAAGUAGAAGCGGGCGAGCGAGUGCCCCAUUUAAGGGGCAAAUCUCGCAGCUAACUGGCAGAGGAAGAAGGGGCGGGAAGUAGUGAGGGAUGUGAAGGGGGGCAACGCUAACCGGUGACAGCCAGCAAGUGCAGCCAAUCAGUGCGCGUGUAGUGACGCGAGAACCCAAUCAAAAGCGGCGGGAGGCGGUGCUUCUCUGUGAUUGACGUGCAUCCUGGCUAAUGGGCGGAUAGAUCCCCGAGACCCUUCCCAAUGGGCAGCGUGAAGGGGCGGAAAGGGGAGCGGAAGGAGAAGACGAGCAGGCAGAGCGACCAAUCACAGCGGGGGUCGGCGGGGCGCCGUCCAAUGGGCGGUGCGAGGGGCGGUGCGGGGGCGUGUCCCGGUGUGUUUGGGUUCGUGCUCCUCGGGGGAGGGAGAGACGGCGGCGAGGAAAGUUUGGUUUUGGUUUUUUUUUCCCCCCCCCCGGUGGUGUUUUUUUGGCGGCGCCGGCGGAGCGGGGGGGGGUACGCUUUUCGCAGCUUCUUCGCCUUUUGCUUCCCGGGGUUCGUGUUUCCCGGGCGGGCGGAGCCGCCCCCGGCACUGAGAAGAACGGGGGCUCAGCGCACCGCGGCGGCGCCUCGGCGGGUUUUGUUUUUGCACUGAAUGUAGCCAGGACGGAUCCUUGUGGGCUUUGGCAGCCCUUGGAAACUGUCAAAGGCAGUAUUUUGCAUUUCUGCAGAGCUUUGCACAGAUCCUGUUCCCAUGCAAACUGAUGAGGGAGAAGUACUGGAGGAAGGCAGUCCCAAGGUCAGUGAGAUGGAACAUGAGGAUUUUGUAAUGGAGGGGCAUGGCAAGACUCCACCUCCUGGUGAAGAAAACAAACAGGCACAGGUGGUCUGUACACCUAUGAAAUACACAAUGAAAAUGGCUCUCACAGUCAGUUCGAGUUUUGCGUUUGGGAACAGCCUGCACAAACGAAGCAAGUGCCUUUCUGUAAGAGAGAAGGAGCAAGAAAGGGAAGAACAGUUAAUGGAAGACAAGAAAAGGAAGAAAGAGGAUAAGAAAAAGAAGGACUCUGCUCAGAAGGUCACAGAUCAAAAAACCAAAGUGCCCGAAGUGACGAAACCAAGUUUAAGCCAACCAGUGGCUGCCAGCCCAAUUGGCAACUCUCCAUCGCCACCAGUCAAUGGUGGCAACAAUGCCAAAAGGGUGGCAGUGCCGAACGGACAACCGCCAAGCGCCGCCCGCUACAUGCCUCGGGAGGUGCCGCCGCGAUUCCGUUGCCAGCAGGACCACAAAGUGUUACUGAAACGUGGGCAGCCCCCUCCGCCAUCCUGCAUGCUCCUUGGGGGUGGAGCAGGGCCUCCCUCCCCAGCAGCACCAGGAGCAAACCCAAACAACGCACAACCAGUGACAGGAGCACUGCUGCAGGGCGACAGUGGGACUGCAACAGAUUCAGCAAUUGGAGGUGCUGCUGCUUCAAAUUAUGCAAAUUCCACUUGGGGUCCUGGAGCCUCCUCCAACAGCGGCACCAACGCCAACCCAACUCACAUCUGGGACAAGGUGAUUGUAGACGGGUCUGACAUGGAAGAGUGGCCUUGUAUUGCCAGCAAAGAUGCUGAGUCUUCUUCCGAAAACACCACCGAUAACAACAGUGCCUCGAACCCUGGCUUGGAGAAGAACGCUCUGCCAGGAAGCACCACUAGUAACAAAGGAAAAGGAAGCCAGUGCCAGUCUGGAAGCGCUGGAAACGAAUGUAAUCUUGGGGCCUGGAAAUCUGAUCCCAAGGCUAAAUCUGUUCAAUCUUCCAACCCUGCUGCCGAGAGUAACAAUGGACUUGGUAAUUGGAGGAAUUUGAGUGGACAAGACAGAAUCAGUCCCGGUUCUGGUUUCAGCAACUUUAACCCAAAUAGCAACCCAUCUGCUUGGCCAGCACUGGUUCAAGAGGGCAAUUCUAGGAAAGGAACUCUGGAAUCUGAUAGUGGUAGCUCCAAUGCACAGAUUAGCACAGUAGGUCAGACCUCUAGGGAACAGCAGUCAAAGAUGGAAAAUGCGGGUGUUAACUUUGUCUCUGGCAGAGAACAGGCUCAAAUUCAUAACACUGAUGGACCAAAAAAUGGAAACACUAACUCCUUGAACUUAAGUUCACCAAACCCUAUGGAGAAUAAGGGAAUGCCCUUUGAAAUGGGCUUGGGGAACCCUUCCAGGAGCACUGACACCCCUUCUCAAAGCACUGGAGAAAGAAAGACUGGGAGUGUUGGAUCUUGGGGUACAUCUAGGGGGUCUUCUGGAACUGAAACAGUCUCUGGGCAGAGCAAUUCUGGAAACCAUGGGAACAAUGGAAAGGAUAGAGAGGACUCCUGGAAAGGAGCUUCUGUUCAAAAACCUAAUGGGUCAAGAAGUGAUUCUUGGGAAAACAAUAACCGGUCUACGGGUGGUGGGUCUUGGAACUUUGGCCCUCAGCAUGCAAAUGAAAGCAAAUGGGGUGAAGGGAACAAAUUAACAUCUGGGGUCUCUCAGGGAGAAUGGAAACAGCUGUCUGGGUCUGAUGAACUGAAGAUUGGAGAGUGGAGUGGUCCAAACCAACCAAAUUCUAGCACUGGAGCAUGGGACAAUCAAAAAGGCCACCCUCUUCCUGAAAACCAAGGCAAUUCCCAGGCUCCCUGUUGGGGAAGAUCUUCCAGCUCUGCAGGAAGUGAGGUUGGAGGUCAAAGCACUGGAAGCAACCACAAAGCAGGAAGUAGUGACAGUCACAAUUCUGGACGCCGAUCAUACAGGCCUACGCAUCCCGAUUGCCAGGCAGUCCUGCAGACUUUGCUGAGCAGGACUGACUUGGACCCCCGAGUGCUUUCAAACACUGGCUGGGGCCAGACUCAAAUUAAGCAAGAUACCGUGUGGGAUAUUGAAGAGAUGCCACGACCCGAGGGGAAGUCUGAUAAAGGAACUGAGGGGUGGGAGAGCUCUGCCACACAGACAAAGAACUCAGGGGGCUGGGGCGAUGUACCCAGCCAAAGCAAUCAAAACAAGUCUGGAUGGGGUGAGCUCUCAACCCCAACGGAAUGGAAGGACCCCAAAAAUACUGGAGGAUGGAAUGACUAUAAGAACUCCAAUUCUUCUAAUUGGGGAGGAGGAAGGCAAGAAGAAAAAUCAUCUUCCUCUUGGAAUGACAGCUCUAGUAAGGAUCAGGGGUGGGGUGGACGGCAAAGUAAUCAAGGAUGGUCUUCUGGAAAGAACGGUUGGGGAGAGGAAGUUGACCAAACUAAAAACAGUAACUGGGAAAGUGCAGGAAACAAGCCAGUGUCUGGUUGGGGUGAAGGUGGGCAAAAUGAGAUUGGAACUUGGGGUAAUGGUGCAAAUACAAGCUCUGCUUCAAAGGGUGGAUGGGACGAUUGUAAAAGAACUUCAACAUGGAACGAGACGGGUCGACAGCCCAACUCCUGGAACAAGCAGCAGCAACAGCACCAGCAGCAGCAGCAGGAGUCUUCUGGUUCCUGGGGUCCACCGCCCCAAACUCCAAGUAAUGGGCGGCCUCCAAACUCAAACUGGAACAACGGACCACAGCCAGCUGCCCCCAAAGAGGAGGAGCCUAGUGGCUGGGAAGAACCUUCUCCACAGUCAAUCAGUCGAAAAAUGGAUAUUGAUGAUGGCACUUCAGCGUGGGGAGAUCCUAGCAGUUAUAACUACAAGAAUGUGAAUUUGUGGGACAAGAACUCACAAGGAGGGCAGGCCCCACGGGAGCAGAGCCUGCCUACUCCAAUGACUAGCAAAUCACAAGCAUCAGUCUGGAGCAAAAGCACUCCGCCUGCUCCAGAUAAUGGUACGUCCGCCUGGGGUGAGCCAAAUGAAACCAGUCCCGGGUGGGGUGAAGUAGAUGACACAGGAGCAUCGACUACAGGCUGGGGGAAUGCACCUUCCAACGCCCCGAGUGCCAUGAAAUCUAGUUCUAAAUCUAUGCAAGAUGGCUGGGGAGAGAGUGAUGGGCCAGUGACAGGAACACGUCAUUCCAGCUGGGAAGAGGAGGAGGAGGGAGGAGUCUGGAACACAGCAGGCUCUCAGGGAAGCAGUUCCUCCCACAACUCAACAAGCUGGGGACAAGGAGGAAAGAAAACACAAAUGAAGUGUGCAUUAAAAGGAGGAAAUAGUGAUUCGUGGAUGAACCCUUUAUCCAAACAGUUUUCAAAUAUGGGCUUGCUAAGUCAAACUGACGACAUUCCAGGCAGUAAGAUGGACUUGUCUGUAGGUGGUCUCCCAGAUAAGAAGUUUGAGGUAGAUAAACGAGCUGUGAAUCUCGGGGAUUUUAAUGACAUGAUGAGAAAGGAUCGAUCUGGGUUCCGUCCACCUAAUUCCAAAGACAUGGGAACCACAGAUAGUGGGCCUUAUUUUGAGAAGGGUGGCAAUCAUGGUUUGUUUGGAAACAGCACAGCACAAUCGAGGGGCAUGCACACACCAGUGCAGCCACUAAAUCCUUCCCCCAAUAUCCGGGCGCAAGUGCCUCCCCAAUUCCUUUCUCCCCAGGUUUCGGCCUCCAUGCUCAAACAGUUUCCCAACAGUGGCUUGAAUCCUGGUCUUUUCAAUAUGGGCCCCCAGCUUUCUCCACAACAGAUUGCCAUGCUGAGCCAGCUUCCACAGAUUCCCCAGUUUCAAUUAGCUUGUCAGCUCCUCCUUCAGCAGCAGCAGCAGCAGCAGCUGUUACAGAGCCAGAGAAAGUUAUCUCAAGCUGUGCGACAACAGCAGGAGCAACAGAUUGCUCGUAUGGUGAGUGCCCUCCAGCAGCAGCAGCAGCAGAGGCAGCCUGGCAUGAAGCAUUCACCAUCCCACCCUGUUGGGCCUAAGCCACAUUUAGACAGCAUGGUACCCAAUCCUUUGAAUGUGGGUCUCUCAGAUUUACAGACCAAAGGGCAGAUACCUGGAUACGGUUCAGGUGGCUUUGGCUCAAGUGGCAUGGAUUAUGGCAUGGUGGGAGGGAAAGAGGCUGGAACAGAAUCCCGCUUUAAACAGUGGACUAUGAUGGAAGGGCUGCCCUCUGUGGCUUCACAAGAUGCCAAUAUGCACAAAAAUGGUGCAAUAGUGCCCCCUGGAAAGGCUCGUGGAGGAUCGCCCUACAACCAGUUUGACAUAAUCCAGGGCGACCCGCUCAGCAGCCAUGCAGGCCCUGCUGGUGAUAGUUGGUUACCUGCCAAAUCUCCACCAACAAACAAGAUCGGAAGUAAAUCCAGCAAUGCCAGCUGGCCUCCAGAAAUGCUGCUGUUCAAGAGAGCAGUAUUGUUCAGCACAAAGAUAAAUGAAGUGGUGCCCAAUCAAACUGAUACCACAGCUGGAGAGUUCCAACCAGGAGUGCCAUGGAAAGGUAUACAAAACAUUGACCCUGAAUCUGACCCCUAUGUGACCCCUGGAAGUGUGCUGGGGGGGACAGCCACAUCUCCCAUUGUAGAUACUGACCACCAACUUCUGCGGGACAACACCACAGGGUCUAAUUCUUCCCUCAACACCUCGCUGCCUUCACCUGGUGCCUGGCCCUACAGUGCCUCUGACAAUUCCUUCACCAACGUUCAUAGCACUUCAGCAAAAUUCAGUGAUUACAAAUCAACGUGGUCCCCAGAUCCCAUAGGACACAAUCCCACUCAUCUCUCCAACAAGAUGUGGAAAAACCAUAUUUCCUCAAGGAACACUACAGGGCUGCCCCGCCCACCUCCUGGCCUGACCAACCCCAAACCAUCAUCUCCAUGGAACAGCACAGCACCCCGAUCGGUCAGGGGCUGGGGGGCACAGGACUCAAGGCUUGGCUCUGCAUCUACUUGGAGUGAUGGUGGCUCAGUUCGUCCUAGCUACUGGCUGGUUCUUCACAAUCUCACUCCACAGAUUGAUGGGUCAACCUUGAGGACGAUCUGCAUGCAGCAUGGCCCACUGCUGACAUUCCAUCUGAACCUGACCCAGGGCACCGCCCUCAUCCGAUAUAACACCAAACAGGAGGCGGCCAAGGCCCAGACUGCACUGCACAUGUGUGUGUUGGGAAACACUACCAUCCUGGCUGAGUUUGCCACAGAUGAAGAGGUUAGUCGCUUUUUGGCACAAGCUCAGCCCCCUACACCUGCAGCAACCCCGAGUGCACCUGCAGCGGGCUGGCAAUCCCUGGAGACAGGACAGAACCAGACAGAUCCAGUUGGACCUGCUUUGAAUCUCUUUGGUGGGUCAACAGGGCUUGGGCAGUGGAGCAGUGGUGGCGGCGGCAGCAGUGGGGGUGAUCUCACUGGCGCUUCAUUGUGGGGGCCCCCAAACUAUUCUUCAAGCUUGUGGGGGGUCCCAAGCGUAGAGGAUCCACACCGAAUGGGCAGCCCUGCUCCCUUACUACCUGGAGACCUUCUGGGAGGAGGGUCGGAUUCAAUCUGAACUUAGAACUUUCAACUCUGACCUCGUGACCUUUUUUGGAACAGCAGCAGCACUAACUUGACCUUUUUCGUUUUUUUCAACUUGCAAUAAAUACAUUUAUAAAAGGAAAAAAGAAAACGGAGAAAGAAAAAAAGGUGGGUCAUUGACAGACUGUCUGAGCACAUAGUUGCCUCCCUUAUAUAACUUCAGUUUUUUCGUUUGGAAUAUGAAUCCAAAAAGAGAACAUAUCACUCUUGAAAUACUUGAAUCGUGAACGCCAACUUAGAAAGACAAUGUGAAGCAAGUACACAUACCAUUUAAAUUUAAGCAGAAAAAAUUAAAAAAAUUAGUUUCUAGUUUUUCACUUUUUCAUGUUAUACGGAAGUUGUUGCUAAGAAACAUAUAUACUGAAAAAAUAGCUUUUUAACUUUGUUUGCACUGGGUGUGUUUCCGUCCUUAGGUCUACCAUGUUGGGUUGGGGUUGGGAAGGGGUUCAAAAGAAUAAGGGGGGGAGGGAAAGACUUGACGGAGCCUCACUUUAAAAACAAAAAUAAAAACAAAAAAAACCUAGAAAAAAAAUUAAAAAUUAAAAACCCACAAAAAAAAAAACAAAACCGAAAAAACAAACAAAACAAAAAAACCAACACUUUGUGAUUGGCUGGUUGAUAAGUACCAGUGUGUUCUGGCACAUGUAACUGCCCACGUGUGCUUGUUUCUGUGUGAGUGCGUGUGCACAUGUUUGUGUGUGUGCAUUUUUUUCUCUAUAUAUAUAAUCUUGAAACGCUGCAUUGCUGAUGGUCUACGGGCUGGCCGGCCAUCUGCAUGUCUUGAUUCUGAAAGCAAGACAGGCAUGGUGGAGUCCCUGUGGCUGAAGCGGAAUCCAGUUGGGCUGGAUUAAAAUUUGCCAGUAGGUUUUUUAAAUUCGUUUUAGCAGGGUGCUAUCUCAAAUCUGCAGAUCAUACAGAGUGGAUAGUUGCUUCCUAGCCCUUGUUCUAACCCUGUGGUAGAGCAGAACACUGCCAUAUCCAAAGGAUUUGGUGAGAGGGGAAACAAUGUUGUCUUUUGAGUAACAAUAUCUUUAUUUGUGUCUGCAUGUGGAUUUUUUGUACUGAAUGAACCCUUGAGUGUUUGUUAUAAUGCAAGCCAUUUAUUUCUUCCAACAAGGGGAAGAGAGGAGGAAAGAAGACAUUGCCAUUUUUUGUGCAGAUAGACAAAUGUUCUUUUUCAGUCUCUUGCAAGCUUCAGUACCUUUAAGAAAAAGUGUUUCUUUUCUCCCCCAAACCAAAAUAAGCACCUGUACUCAUUCUAGAGGAAUCCAUCAAAGGCUUGAAAAUCCAGCCCAACCAAAAUAGCCUUUUAGUUGAUUUACUGCUUCUAUUAAAACUGACAAAAAACUAAAUGGUGUCAGCAAAGUGCCGGCCAGCCUGCCUCAUCUCCUGAAAGCACAUGCAGCUAACUCCUUCCUGCGUCCUUCAUGGUGAGCGUUACCUGUGCCAGGCCUUGGUGUCAUUACAGCGCCAGACCAUCACUGACAGAAACGUUUACUUACGAAUGUUCUUAAACCAGUGUGUACUUCAAAGGUUUCCUUUUGUUUCUCUGUGUUGUGUUUUUUCCUGUGUAUGUGGUUUUGCUUAGGGAGGUAUAUAACUAGCAAAGACUUUUUUUUUUAAAGAAGUAUUGCACCUUUUUGUUUUUUUGUUUUUACUUUUUUCUGUACUGUUGCUUUUUAAUUUCUGUAUUUAAGGAAAGGUUUGGGGUUUUUUAGCGUCAGUGUAGUAAUACUCUGGGCAGGAUAGGGGUGACCUAUAAUCCACAGUGAUAGCCAGUGUGUGCGUGCAUGUGUGCGCUGGGAACAAAACUUUUAAGACCUGUUGUUGUGAAAAGAGUUGUAGCAGACUUGAAGGAACAUCCCUUGACACAAAGCAGGAAGCUUUUUGUGGGGGUGCGGUCGGGGCAAGAGGGAAGAGAGAUGCCGGUACUUUUUCCAUAAGUGCUAGGACUUCCAUGCAGCAUUGUCCAGCUGUUACACUGUCUAACAAAGUGCCGACCUUCUGUACCAGCACAUACCUGUCCAUUCCAGCCCUCCGAGGGAGCAGUGCUUUAUCACCUGGCGGAGGGGGGCAGAUAGGGGAGUCUGUUUCUUCAGCCUUUUCAUUGAAGGAUAUGACCAUGUCUAAUGCAUUUAACUCAUGGGUUUGGUGGGCAGAAGCAAAAACAGAUGCAAGUCAUGGGGGGAGGUUGGUGCACGCGUGUGUGUGUGUGCGUGUGUGUAUGCCUGUGUGCUGGGGGUGGGAGGGAAGGGCUAGGGAAUUACAUGGCUGUUUAAUUUAAUUUGCCCUUUCUGUGUAAGCCCCAAUGUCACAAGGAAGACUGACUGAGGGAAAUGCUGCAUAUACACAUGCCUGUAGAUUUGUAUGCAAAACGUUAUUUGGUAAAAAAGUAUGAGUAGGUUUGUAUUUGUUUAGCAAACUGGAGUAUGCAGCAUACUCUGGCCCCUUUGGAAACUACUUUCCUGUCGUGUCUCCUCCAUCUAUCCCACCAUGCACAAAGAAACAAAAUGCUCUCUUUCAGCUCCUGCUAGCUGGCUAGUAACCCUCACAUUCAGGCAUCUGUACAGCUUUGUUUCUGCUCAAAGACCAAGCACGCUCGGACACGCAGAGCAGGUUCUUAAAAGUCCUGUGCCAGCAGUACUUCCUAGCGAAGCACCUUUGGCCUGAGCAAGCCAGUGUCUGUUCUGUCACAUGAUUUGCUAUACAUGCUGGUUCAUUGCUGUGUUCCACCCUCACUUCUCUCUCCCAACCUGCCCUAUGGUCCCUUUUCCUGCACUUUGGGCUAGUUGACUUCAUUGCGAUACUACGGUGAAAGCCGGGUGCUAGAGCCCCUCUUGUUUACAAGACAUAAUGAGGGAUUUGAAAUAUUUAAAAAGAAAAGCUAAAUUGUUCUUCCAUUGUAAGCUUAAAGGGAAAAAAUUAAAA